GAAGAAGAAGCAGAAGAAGUAGAAGAAGAAGCAGCUCAGAUCGCAAUAAGAAGUGAAGAUGGCGAUAGCCUACGAGAGGUUCAAUUUGCACACUAGCCCAGAGAAGUUCUACAUUGAGGCCUGUGAUGAUGGGGCCGAUGCAGUCCUGGCCAUCGACAGGGUGUCCAAUGAGAUGACCCUGACUGGGAAGAAAGAUGUUCCUCCGUCAGCCAACACCAGGCCCAUCUGUGGCAUCAUGGGAACCGUCCGCUUGGUGGCAGGGAUGUACCUGAUUGUCAUUACCAAGAAGAGGAACGUGGGCAGCCUCCUGGGCCACGCUGUGUGGAAGGCAGUGGAUUUUGACAUCAUUUCCUACAAAAAGACUGUGCUUCACCUCACCGAGGACCAGACGCAAGACAACAAGACAUUCCUGUCCAUGAUUAACAACGUGCUGACUACAGAUGGAUUCUACUUCUGCACUGACUACGACCUGACCCACACCCUCCAGAGACUGGCCAACGUCAGCCACGACUUCCAGGAGAUGAGCCUGCUGGAGAGGGCAGAUCAGAGGUUUGUGUGGAAUGGAAGCCUUCUGAGAGAGUUCCUUGCACAGCCAGAGCUCCACAAGUUUGCGAUCCCUGUUGUCCAUGGAUUCGCCGUGAUGAAGCCGUGCCGUAUCAACGGGAAGAUCUUUGAAUGGAUCCUCAUAUCCAGGAGGAGCUGCUUCAGGGCUGGGGUCAGAUACUACGUCAGAGGUAUCGAUUCUGAGGGCCACGCUGCUAACUUUGUGGAGACGGAGCAAAUAGUCCUGUACAAUGGAGGGAGGGCUUCAUUCGUACAGACACGAGGCUCCAUGCCCUUCUUCUGGUCUCAGAGGCCCAACCUGAAAUACAAGCCCAAACCACUGAUCAGCAAGAACACCAAUCACAUGGAUGGCUUCCAGAGGCAUUUUGACUCGCAGGUCCUCAUCUAUGGAAAGCAGACCAUUCUGAACCUGGUCAACCAGAAGGGUUCAGAGAAGCCACUGGAACAAGCCUUUGCCAAGAUGGUGACUGGCAUGGAGAACGGCAUGAUCAAGUACGUAGCAUUUGACUUCCACAAGGAGUGUAGCAAGAUGAGAUGGGAUCGUCUGAAUAUCCUGGUGGACAAUGUGGCUGAGACACAAGAUGAAUACAGCUACUUCAUGGUAGACACGGAGGGGAAGGUGUUGUCCCAGCAGAAGGGGACGUUCCGCAGUAACUGCAUGGACUGUCUGGACCGCACCAACGUCAUUCAGAGCAUGCUGGCCCGCCGCUCCAUACAGUCCCAGCUACAGAGGAUGGGUGUCCUGCAUGUGGCCCAGCGGAUUGAAGAACAGGACGAUUUUGAGAAGAUCUACAAGAAUGCUUGGGCUGACAAUGCCAAUGCAUGCGCCAAGCAGUACGCUGGUACGGGAGCCUUGAAGACUGACUUCACCAGGACAGGGAAGAGGACCCAGAUGGGUCUGGUGAUGGACGGUGUGAACUCUGCCAUCCGUUACUACAAGAAUAACUUCUCUGACGGCUUCAGACAAGAUUCCAUUGAUUUGUUCCUUGGAAACUACGCUGUUGAUGAAACAGACGGACCAACUCCACUUCGCAUCCAAAAGGACUGGAAGUUCCUCACGCUGCCCAUCAUCAUGGUGGUAGCAUUCUCCAUGUGUAUCAUCUGCCUCCUCAUGGCUGGUGACACGUGGACUGAGACCCUGGCCUAUGUGUUGUUCUGGGGCACUGCUGCUGCCGUCACCGCUGCCGUCAUCGUCUUCAACGGCCGUGACUUCGUGGAUGCCCCCAAACUGGUGCAGAAAGAGAAGAUGGACUGAACGUGCGUGUGUGUGUGUGUGUGUGGAAAGCAGCUCGGCCCAGCGGACUCCUAUACCUCUUCAUCUUCAUCCAACUCUUCUUCCUCCCGGCUGCUUGAGGCUCGGACACUGUCCUCCUAGGUUACGUUCCAAAUGGCACCCUAUUCCCUAUAUAGUGCACUGGAAUAGGAUUCCAUUUGGGAAGUAACCCUAUAGUUUCUAUAGGGGUUUCUACUCCGACCCAGAACUCCUGUUUAUCAGGCAGCAUACCUACUGAAGCCGCUCUGAACUCUACAGUCUCCUAUCAGACUCUGUCCUCCUUCACCUCCUUCCUAGCCCUUCCUUCCUUAGAUCAUGGUGUAUGCUGACCUUUUUUAUUAUGUUUAAUUUCUCUGUGUUGGACAAGGCUGGUGUACAGUCGGUCAACCUCGGUGAUGGUUUAACCACUUUGAAGGCACCACACGGUAAUGGCUAUUACAGAGGUCUCUCAGAAAACAUUUUGAUGGCACUUUAGUGAAUUGCAGCGUAAUUCUUCAUUUUUCAUGAAAGCAACUUUAAUAAGACGAUAUUCAAUAUUCUUGUUAUACAUUAAAUGAAUGGUUUCUUUGGUUUAACUUUUCUGUUUACUGUAAUUCAAAUGCAAUGUAUUUUUAGACUAGGAAACUACAGAGAAACGGUUGGCACUAUAACAUGCACUAUGACUGGGGUACAUUGUUUAGAAAGAUAACAUGUUUUGGUUGUUCUCUUGAAUGUAAUAAGCCUUACUAUACUACUCGUUUAAAGAACACACACACACAUAUAUAUAUAUCGCUAAACUAGCUAGUUCCCCUAGAGACGAAUGACGUGGCGUGGGGGGGAGAAUGUAUUGCUACUAUGAACAUAAAUCGUGCAAAAUAUUUAUGAAUCUAUUUUUAAGUAAGGGUUUCUUGCUUAGCUUACCAUCUUUUAUUUUUUUGUAUUUUGGGUGAACAUGAAAUAAGUUGCACCUAGUAUGUGAUCUGAGCGGUGGGAGAUGUUGUUCAUUCAUUGUUGAUUAUAGGGUAGUCACUAUACCAUAGUUCUGUCAUAACCUUGACUUGUCAGUGUUUUCUAGUUUACUUCUCACAGUAUUUAGGGAUUGUUAUGCUCCAGAUACAGAAUUUAAUUUAAAUGUACAUUUAAUUGAAUUUAAAACCACACUUUAGACCUGCCUUACAAGCUUGCCCCCCUCCAUGAUUUGAGGGAGUGGACGUAACCAUUCCUUGUUAUCGUGAAUAUGAUUUCUCGUCUUAAUGGGUUUCGGGAUUUUUCCAGAUUUUUGUCUAUUCAAUAGAUUUGUUUUGUAGACAGUUUAUGUUGCUAUGCCUUUGUGUGUCUACUUUCCUGUUCUGAUGAUUUCCAUCUUGAAUAUGCAGUGUUGAGCACUUAUUCUAAAUACAGAAGUAGAGGUCACGGUGUAAAAUAUUUUACAACAUCAGCACAAUUCCAUUGUUCCUUUUAGAAUGUGUUAUGGUAAUCUGCCAGUGAUUUACAACAUUUUAACGCUAAAUUAGAAUGUAUUAGUUAAUAUACUAGAACUAAUAUUUAUUCUAGCUGGGCAGUGGUAACUACAAAGGAGGGAGGACCAACUCAAGCUUGUCUACUGUUGUGUUUCCAUGAACAUCCUUGCAAUUAUAUAUAUAUAUAUACUGUAUAUUUUACAAUGAGAUUGUAUGCUGAGCACUUAUUUGCAGAGUCUAUACUAAAUGUAAAGAUCAAGCAGUGAUUUAUAUAUUUUUUAUCUGGAUGAGAAUUUAGUGAUCUUUUGAGUCAACAACCGCAUUUUAAAGGCGUAUGAUUUGCCUGGUGAAUAUUUUUUGCUUAUAAUCUUGGGUUUACGUUUUGAAUAUUUAUCUCAGACAGUGGAGGUUGGUAGCACCUUAAUUAGGGAGGACGGGCUUGUAAUGAGGGGAAUGGUACAAAACACAUGGUUUCCAUGUGUUUGCUGCCGUUCCAUUCGCUCCGUUCCAAGCCAUUAUGAUGAGCCGUCCUCCCCCUCAGCAGCCUCCACUGUUCUCAGAAUAUUAGAUGUAUUUUGGAAUAUGGUUGUUUUUGUGAAUGUAUUAAUAGUGGAUGAUUUUUCUUUUUUGAAACCCAUUUUUUCCCUCUGUCACCAUUCCUUUUGUUGGUAUUCAAAACCCUGAACAUUCCCAUAAUACAUGUAACUGAGCUGUGAUGUAGCCUGGUCCCAGAUGUGUUUGUGCCAUCAUGCCAUGACAAAUCAAUGAGUGACAUGGAGUUGGCAUGAUAGCACAAAGAGACUGGAACCCAGGAUAGCUAUGAAGACCCUGGACAGUAUAUCAACCGACUGAGGUUAGUGGUAGACUUUUACAUUUUGUAAGAGUAAGUGGUGGGCUGUUUACUAUGAAACUAGUUCUCGAUCUUGACUGGUUUACCAGAAAGGCCAUGUUCCCAGUAGGUGCGCUAAAAGAUCAUAGAAACGACUAUUGAAUAAAAAAUAUCCAAGUACUGCCA